AUGCUGGCCUCAGCUAUGUCGACGAGCCUGAAUCGCCACUCGCUGUCGACCAUGUUCCAGAAGCGAUUGGCCCGAUCCAGUCCGGGCCGGCCGGAGAAGCCGCCGCCGGUGCUGGCCGCCCGGCCACCGCCGCCGGCGGCCAUAGUGCCCCGAGCGGCAGACGGGCCCCGACCACCCGGCUGGAACGGCCAGCCACGCCGCCACGGCUCCAGCCGCUUCAACGUGCAGCACCACAACCAGGAGCUGGUCAAGCUGCCGCCGAUCAAAGGCGCCAUUGCGUUCCACCAAGAAGUGGAGCGGCACAUACAGGUGUUCCUGUCGGAGCCGAUGCCACGGCUGCUGGAUGGUGGACUCUUCAUCACUCCGGCCGAAGUCGUGCGCAAGGCCCUUACUGAAAGGGUCCACGUGCCCCACGGCUCUCCCCCCCCCCCUCCUCCUCCUCCCAUCCCUCCGUUUCCGCUUGUUAACGCCGCCGGCGAUGCCUACUUGGUGCCGGCUUUAUUCCCUUUACCGAUGCAAAGUGAACAUCCCGUG